AUGGUUAUGAAAGAAUGUUCUUCGUCCCCACCACAACCACUGUCAUCAGUUCCACUUGAAGAACGUCGUGUCCGACGACUCCGGACUGCAUUCAGUGAGAAUCAGUUGGAAAUGUUGGAAGACGCAUUUCUCAAAUGCCAGUAUCCGGAUAUUCAACAGAGAGAGGCACUCGGGAAACGAAUUGAAUUGGCUGAGGCGAGAAUUCAGGUCUGGUUCAAAAACCGACGAGCAAAAGCACGUAAACGUCAACGGAAUGAGAGUAGUGAUGGCAGUCCAACAGAUGAUGGAAAUGAGGAUGAGAGUGAUGGGAUGAAUAAGAAAAAGAUCAAGGAAGAGGCAACUAUUAUUACCUGGACACCUGGAGCAGCCCUCUUCAAUUCUUCAAUCAGCCCCACCACAACUUCCAUUCAGAACUCAUCUCUCCCGACACCUCAGCUCAAUUUCAUUUGCCAUCAAAACCCAUUCUACGCGUAUCAAUAUCAGAACUUCAACACGGUAACUAUCCCAACUGUUUCAGAAAUUCUAGAUAAGCUGAACGUGGAAACUUUAUACUAA